AUGUCAACCACAGACAAAAGUACAUCGACAUCCGAAUUGUCCACCAGUACAACUGAAGCAUCAACGUCAACCACAGAGCAAAGUACAUCCACAUCCGAGUCGACCACCAGCUCAACCGAAGCAUCAACUUCAACCAUAGACCAAAGCACAUCGACAUCCGAGUUGACCACCAGCUCAACUGAAGCAUCAACAUCAACCACAGAUCAAAGUACACCGACAUCCGAGUCAUCGACCAACUCAACCGAAGCAUCAACGUCAACCACUGACCAAAGUACAUCGACUUCCGAGUCGUCCACCAGUUCAACGGAUGCAUCAAUAUCAACCACAGACCAGAGCACAUCGACAUCCGAGUCGACCACCAGUUCAACCGAUGCAUCAACAUCAACCACAGACCAAAGCAAAUCGACAUCCGAGUUAACCACAAGCUCAACCGAAGCAUCAACAUCAACCACAGAUCAAAGUACAUCCACAUCCGAGUUGACCACCAGCUCAACCGAAACAUCAACGUCAACCACAGACCAAAGUACAUCGACAUCCGAGUCGUCCACCAGUACAACUGAAGCAUCAACGUCAACCACAGACCAAAGCACAUCGACAUCCGAGUUAACCACAAGCUCAACCGAAGCAUCAUCAUCAACCACAGAUCAAAGUACAUCGACAUCCGAGUCGACCACCAGCACAACCGAAUCAUCAACGUCAACCACAGAGCAAAGUACAUCGACAACCGAGUCGUCCACCAGCUCAACCGAAGCAUCAACUUCAACAAUAGACCAAAGCACAUCGACAUCCGAGUCGUCCACAAGCUCAACUGACGCUUCAACAUCAACCACAGAGCAAAGUACAUCCACAUCCGAGUCGACUACCAGUUCAACCGACGCUUCAACAUCAACCACAGGGCAAAGUACAUCCACAUCCGAGUCCACCACCAGCUCAACCAAAGCAUCAACUUCAACCAUAGACCAAAGCACAUCGACAUCCGAGUUGACCACCAGCUCAACUGAAGCAUCAACAUCAACCACAGAUCAAAGUACAUCGACAUCCGAGUCAUCGACCAACUCAACCGAAGCAUCAACGUCAACCACUUACCACAGUACAUCGACUUCCGAGUCGUCCACCAGUUCAACGGAUGCAUCAACAUCAACCACAGACCAAAGCACAUCGACAUCCGAGUCAACCCCCAAUUCAACGGAUGCAUCAACAUCAACGACAGACCAGAGCACAUCGACAUCCGAGUCGACCACCAGUUCAACCGAGGCAUCAACAUCAACCAUAGACCAAAGUACAUCGACAUCCGAGUUAACCUCUAGUUCAACCGAUGCGUCAUCCACAACCGAACAUAGCACAUCAACAACCGAGUCGACCACCAGCAGUAGUACAACAACCACUUCUUCCACGCCCACAACUACUACAACACCAAAAACAACUACUACAACUGACCCUUCCGAACCCGUUGGCCCGGUAUUACCUGGUAGUGCGAGUAGCAAUUUUAUAUCGGUAGUCGCUGUAAUUCUUGUAACAGUUCAUGCGUUUAUGUGA